UUCCUCCCCAAAGUGUUGGCUCUUAGAGAAGCAAAACCAGAGGCAGCAGCAGCAGCAGAGUCCGCAGAAAAGGAGGGAACUUUUUGCAGUGCAGAGCAAAUAUUUAAAGUGCCCAACUACAACGCUAUCGCAUUUUAGCGCGCCAACCGAAGAUAUCCGGCUAUAUCCUGCAUCCUGCCAGGGAAGAGUGAAGGACGCGGCAAAGGAACUCAUUUCGAAAAUCAGCUUUAAGCAAGUACGACUACCCUCAGUUAUUCUGAUUGUUGAGGAGAAGAACAGAGAGCAAACCACCACAGAAAUUUAACCAACACCACCGAUCACGGCAAUCGCUGCCACAGCACAACCGCCCAAAAUUUACACCAGUCCCCGCCGCAAGUAGCGCGACCUCCAACCACCCACCACCACCCACUGGAUGGAUCUGAAGCACGGCGCCAGUGGUGCUGCCGAGAACAGCGAGACCUUCGUAGCCACCAGCAAGUCCACAGACAUGAUCACGCCCAAGGAGAAGGAGGGCAAGGCGGCCAAGGCGUCGGGCGGCCCAAACGCUCCAGCCGAAGGCUACAAAGUCUACGCCCGACGCUGGGCGGUGCUCAUUCUCUUUGUGUUCUAUUCAUCCUCGAAUGCCAUGCAGUGGAUACAAUACACCAUCAUUAACAACAUAAUAACACGAUACUAUGGCAUCAGCGAUAAAUGGGUGGACUGGACGUCCAUGAUUUAUAUGAUCCUCUACAUACCGCUCAUAUUCCCCGGCAGUUGGUUUUUGGAUAAAGUGGGUCUUCGCAUAACCGCCCUAGUUGGAAUUGUGGGCACAUGUAUUGGGGCCUGGAUCAAGGUAUUUUCGGUGGAUCCCUCGCUCUUCUACGUGAGCUUCAUUGGCCAGUCGAUCGUGGCCUUGGCCCAGGUGUGCAUCCUAUCGCUUCCCGCCCGACUGGCUGCAGUGUGGUUCGGUCCGGACCAGGUGUCCUCGGCCACCAGCGUGGGCGUCUUUGGCAACCAGCUGGGCGUGGCCGUCGGUUUUGUGCUGCCGCCCAUGCUGGUGCCAAAUUCACCGGAUCUGGAGACGGUGGGCAGUGAUCUGCAGAUGAUGUUCUACUUAGUGGCCGGUCUCACCAGCAUCCUGCUCGUCUUGAUGGUGUUAUUUUUCCAGGACAAACCGCCCACUCCACCUUCCGCCGCCCAGGAGGCGGCCCAAAUUUUGGAGAGCUCUGGAGAAGAGCAGGUCAGCUUCAUGCAGUCGCUGAAGAACCUGAUGACCAACCGGAACUUCAUCUUCCUGCUUCUCUCCUACGGCAUCAAUGUGGGCGUCUUCUACGCCAUCUCAACGCUCCUGAAUCCGGUGGUGCUGAAGUAUUAUCCCGGCCACGAGGUAGACGCCGGACGUAUUGGCCUCAGCAUUGUGCUGGCCGGAAUGCUGGGCUCCGUGGUAUCGGGUGUUGUGCUGGAUAAGACGCACAAGUUCAAGGAGACGACGCUGGCGGUCUACGCGCUAUCCAUGGUGGGCAUGUGGAUCUUCACCUUCACUCUGAACACGGGACACAUUGCGGUGGUCUAUUUGACGGCAUCGCUGUUGGGCUUCUUUAUGACUGGCUACCUGCCGGUGGGCUUUGAGUUCGGGGCCGAGCUUACGUUUCCGGAGCCGGAGGGCACCUCCUCUGGCCUGCUGAAUGCCUCCGCCCAGACCUUUGGCAUCUGCUUCACGCUCUUCUACUCGGAGUUGUUCACCACGUUCGGGGACAUUGCGGCCAACAUAACCAUGGCCGUGAUGCUGAUUGUGGGCACCAUUAUAACGGCCACCACCCAGUCGGAUCUGCGGCGCCAGAAUGCCCAGGUGCCCGCCAGCGGGGCUGGCAAUCCGUAGGGAACUCAUGCCGGCCCGGCGACUGUCUUUUAUGUAUAGUAUUCUACGCAUAUCGUUUUACUAUUUACUGUUUAAUUUAUUUAAUUGUUUACUGUACAUUCCGUUGUAGCCUUAAGUGUUGAAUUUUAAAAUGUUCAUUAAAGGUGCAUGGCAACACACACUCACGAACACAAGCACACACACACGAAUAUGAGUAAGCUUAGGCAAUUAUUUUUAAAUUUUAUAUUGGCCACCGAUUAAGGUUUAGUGCAUAGGUUAGAUGAAUCUAAAUUCAGCAACCCCAAGACUUGCAUCGAAAUUAAGCUUUAUUAUUGCGUUGCAACUGCUCACCAACAACAAACACACAAGUACAGACAAGUGUUAUAUGGAAAUAUCCUUCAGUAUUAUACCCCUAAUAUUCUAGCGAACGUUGACAAUUUGAUUGCUAAACGGAAUAUCCAAAACAGUUUGAGGCAAUGUAACCGAAUCCAGCGAAUGCAUUAACGAACAGUAGCGUCUCCCGUCUUCAAUUGUUCCCUCCUUUCGCAACAGAAUGUGUAUAUAAUAUAUAUAAUUGUAUUCCGGACCCGAUCCAGCGAGAGCGCUACUGUUGUACAAAGCACAAGUAUAUCCUGCAUAUCUGGCAAACUGUAAUAAUUUUGGAGAAUUUACAACUAAAAGCAGAUUCAAGUCAAAAUAUAUACCAAUACAAAAUAUAUCUAUACAUUUGAUAAUGUUGUGAACUAGAGGAAACCCACAUUAAAAAACAUCGCCGGCGGCAAUUCGUAGUCGACAUUUUGUAGAUAGCCUUUAGGCCGACGGCCAAAUGACAUACGUAAGGAUGUUAUCUCCAAACAAGAGUCAAUUCAGAUGGCCAGAGAAUCAGACACACUGAACUACCUGACAUGAACCACCUACACAGUACACAUAAACCACCCGAGCCGUCAAACGAAACGGAUACGGAGAAUCCUGGUGCCGGAUCGGAGUUUGGCACUAGAACAGCCGGCGUCGUGAUACCACGCAAGCUUUAACUCUCACUUGUUGUUAGAUUCGGAAUGGUCAGAGACACAAAGAUAGUUAACACGCGGAAUCCACGUAGCCACUUCUUCAUAGCCACGAGUUCUUGCAAAACGAUAUAUGUGAAUGUAAAUGUGUACGUGUAUAAAAGUAUUCAAUAAACUAUAAACUAUUCAGUGUA